UUUCAUUUCGGCCUCAAAAGGUAGUCGUGUAUGUCCACGAGCAGCCAAUCCACAUCCUCAUCUCCCCACCCCACCAACACCACCACCGCCACCUCCCCCUAUCUCUUGCACAAAGUUAAACCUUUCCCCUCAUGUCACCUUGCCAACAUGCGGUCCAUGUCGUGCUCCACCUCCCCCAAAGGCAUCGCCGCCAUCGUCGGCGUCGGCCCCAAGCUGGGCCGCUCCGUCGCCAGGAAGUUCGCCCACGAAGGCUACACCGUCGCCAUUCUCGCCCGGGAUCUCGCUAAGCUAUCUCGGUUCGCCGACGAGAUCGCUUGCGAGGCCAAGGCCCAGGUGUUCGCCAUCCGCAUCGACUGCUCCGACUCCAAGUCGGUGCGCGAGGCCUUCGAGGGCGUCCUCUCGCUCGGCUUCGUCGAGGUGCUGGUCUACAAUGCGUGCGAGCCGCCCGUGACGUGCCCCCCUACCAACUUCACCGCCAUCACCGUCGAGUCCUUCGAGCGCUCCCUCGCCGUCUCAGCCGUCGGAGCCUUCCACUGCGCGCAGCAGGUUAUUCCCGGCAUGGUCGAGAGGGGCAGAGGCACCAUAAUUUUCACCGGUUCUUCGGUGUCCCUUAGUGGCUUUGCAGGCUACUGUGGACUAAGUUGUGGGAAAUUUGCUCUGAGGGGCCUGUCCCAAAGCCUCGCAAAGGAGUACCAAUCAUCCGGAAUCCACAUCGCGCAUGUAGUCAUCCACGGGGAUAUCGGCGCUCCAAGAUCAUCAAGAGGCGAUCAUAGCACGACGUCAAUGGAUCCAGAUGCACUGGCACAGACAUACUGGCACAUUCAUGUGCAGGACAAGGGUGCAUGGACGCAGGAGAUCGACCUGCGAUCGUCUACCUAAAGCUCGCGCGUCUUGGUGUGGCGGAGGAGCUUAGUAGGGUGUUAAGGUAGUAUAAUUCGGAGGGGUGGAGUUGAUUGCAGACACUGUAAAAGAAACGAUUCCAUGAAUCUGUGGUGUUAAGGUACUAUAAAUCGUAGGGGGUGGAAUUGAUUGCAGACGCUGUAAGAAACGAUUCCAUGAAUCUAUGUAUCAAUGAUUGCUGGGUCCAUGGGAAUUGGUUAGUGCACGAAGGGGGAGGGAAUGACGCAGCAUAUGGCUGUGGACGACGAGUCGUGUCAUUUUCGGGUGCACACGAUUUGUGUUGUGAUUCGCUUUUGAGUAUGAUGUCGGUGAUGAUUUA